AUGACGCUGGACACCCCGGCUGCCGUGGUGCUGGAGCUGAUGACCAUGGGGCAGCAGUCCGCGGCGCACCUCGGGGACCUGCUCCGGGCCGCGUCCCCGGCUGCGGCGUACUCGCCGCACCAGGAGCUCGCCGCCGAGAUCCUCCGCUGCUGCGGCCGCGUCAUCGACGCGCUCAGGGACACCGCCGCCGCAACCAGCGGGCGCAAGAGGAAGGCGGCGGCGGUGGCCGAGUACCAAGAUGCAGCAGCAGCGGGAGGCGCGGCCAGCUGGUUUCCUCCUCCUCCGCCUCCUCCGGGGCCGCCACUCAAGAGAAGGGCGCGCGGCGCAGGGGCGACCAGGGAGGUGACCAGCGGCACGAUGGUGGACGGCUUCAUCUGGAGGAAGUACGGGCAGAAGGACAUCAACGGCCACAAGCACCCGAGGCUCUACUACCGCUGCGCGCACAAGGACCAGGGAUGCAACGCGACGCGGCGGGUGCAGCAGACGCAGGACCAGCCGGCGGCGUACGAGAUCGCCUACUACGGGGAACACACGUGCAAGGGCGCGGCCACCGCGUGGCAGCAGCUGGGAGCGGCGCCCGCCGUCGUCGACUUCGGCUCCAACUCCUGGGGGUCCGCGGACGCCAACAGAGGCUCGCCGGCCUCGACGAUGUCGCAGGGAGGGUGGUCGUCGGCGUCGCCGUCGGCGUCGUCCGAGGUGGGGUUCGAGGCGCAGGCGCUGCUGCACGAGUGGCACGACACGGCUGCUCCUGAUCCGGUGAUGGAGUUCCUGGACGGCUCCUUCGGAUGGGAAUCCGUCCUCCAAGACCGCUUUGACUUCGGCGGUCUCCUCCAUGACACGGCUACUUUUCAGUAG